AUGCACAGCAAUCCACCUCCUGCCCCUCUCCCCACCGCACCGGAAUUCAUCGACCAACUCAUCACCAAACUCUCCAACAUCCAACCACUCGCUCCACCCCAACUUCAACCCGACGUCACCACCACCAGCAUCGUCGGGCAUCGACUCAAACCAGUACCAGCACCAGCACCAGCACCAGCAGGGUCAAAUGUCUUUUCCCGACUUUCUCCCACCCAACUGGCUCAAGUGAAACCCCUUCUUCUCACUCUGCAUUGUCUCUUUCCCAACGAUAUUCUCCCCGCGUUGGACAUUUUGGAUCGCAGACUCGUGCAACAGGUCCGCGUGAGGGUGUCUGGCGGCCGAAUCGAGCAGAGCGGGUUCAAAGAAUCGGAAUCUGCAUUGGAUUCCGAAGCUCAUGCUGUGUUACCGGGAUCCGGUACUGUGGUACGAUCGGCAGAAGAGCAAGGUGGAGAUGUGCAGGAUGAGGUUGGACAUACGAUGGUCUCUGGGUCUACUGGAGAUUCAGAUCCUCGUCCUUUGGUAUCUGCGACUGCAGUGACUGCGUACUCAGAUACUGCAGCGUCGAGGGCAUUUCCUCAGCAGCAGCAAACUCAAUUCCAAUCUCAAUCUCAAUUCCAAGUAGCACCAGCAUCAGCACCAGCAUCAGCUUUACAACUCAGCUCAGAAUCCAAAUCUGGAUCAGUCUUCCUAGUCACCUCUACUUCCUCAGCAGCUAUCCAACAAGCCCACCAACCCUCCACACCAUCAACUCUCCUACCCCCUUCUGUAUCCCCGUCAAUCCCCAUGUCCAUCCCAUCAAUCCACAACAAACCAGAACCUACACAAGUCUACGAAGUCCGCCUACACGCCUGGAACUGCACCUGUCCCACCUUUACUUUCUCUGCCUUUCGGGACUUGGCCUCGCGUCAGGCAUCGGCAUCUACUGGUCUUGAUAAUCAGAGCCAGGACCAAAACCAAAGUGCACCAUCAUUUUCUUCCCCAAACCACCCAUUCGGUGGAACACUCACAUCGCAACAGGACCGGGCAUCACCACCUGUAUGUAAACAUCUUCUCGCCUGUCUGCUGUUUAUUCGAUGUCCGGGACUAUUUCAGGAUGGCGGGUUUGCCAAUUUGGGUCUUUCCAGGGAAGAAUUGGCCGGGUGGUGUGCUGGAUGGGGUGGGUGA